GUGUUCAGUACAAGAGCUAUAUCAAAUUGGUGCAAUCGUGUGUUUGUCUAGCCGGGCUAGUCAUGCACUAGUGAGUGUUCAGUACAAGAGGUAUAUUGAUUAGUGCCAUCAGGUAUUUGUCUAGCAGGGCCACAGUCAGGAACUAAUGGAACCCUAGAGUACAUGCAGUAUGGCAAUCAUCGCAAGUCUACUGAGGAAGGGAUCCAUUGUGCUGUUACUUCUACUCUGCGUGUCACUCCACAAACACCUGAAGACUAUGGAGCCUAAGAAGAUGAUGGUCGAAGAAGCUGCUCUACCUACGAAGCUGUUUCCCAAUCAGGGUCUAGAAGAACGAUUAACGCACAGACGACAACGUGUAAAUGAGGUCUGCCGCAAGUACGGUUUCAACACCUCGAAAGGGCAAGCCAUAAACUCCAAAGAAUUUCUGGUCAACAAAGAACACGGUCUCGUAUGGUGCAACGUCUUCAAGGCCGCCUCUUCCUCUUGGUUAUGGCAUUUCAACAUUCUUGCAGGAUACACUGAAGAGGAACUGUUGGAAAAUAUUAAUGAUCCUUUAAGAAUGGCUCGCGAGAAGUAUCCGAGACUGGACGCACAGGCCCUCUGCGCCGCCAUGGAGUCGCCACCGCUUCCUGUUGUCUUCAUGAUCGCCAGACACCCUUUCAUUCGCCUGGUGUCUGCUUACAGGGAUAAGAUCGCCAGUUACUCGCCUCCAUACCAAAACCUGCGUCGCCGCAUGAUGAAAGCGCACCCAGAACUUGGGGUGGGAACGUCUGUCAUGUUACUGGGCAUCCUCUUCGGCCAGCGCCAAUACCCAACCUUUCCCCAGUUUGUGCAGUACGUCUUAGACCGGUACCGAGCCAAACUGCCUUUGAACGAACACUGGGAGUCCAUGUUUAAGUACUGUACACCGUGUCAAGCUAAUUUCACUGUGUUUGCGAAGGUUGAGACGCUAGCUGAAGACAGCAGUUAUAUUAUGAAUGCUUCAGGUAUCCAAGGUCUUGUAAAACCGAGGUUUAUCAACAGAGCCCGAGAAGGUUCUUCCGAAGAAGUCGCAAAGCAUUUCUUGUGCCAGUUAACGAAGAGGCAAAUAAGGGGACUGAUUUCCCUUUAUAAAUACGACUUGGAGAUGUUUGAAUACGACGCUAAAACGUACUUGAAUUGUGCAUCAGACUGACAGUGAUGUGAAUUAGUGUAGGCUGUGAUGUGCUUUUGUGUGUUAGAUUUGCAUGGGUGUCGUGCAAUGCUGAAGAUGAUAUUUUGUAAUCCUAAGCGAUACACUGAGAUUCUGUUUUCAGGGAAUAGGAAUAUUUUCCAGAGAGCAAAAAACUGUGACAAUAUCUAUCAUGUGUUUCCUUAUGUACAAAAGAAAAUAAAUAUUUAUAUGAUA